AUGGUACAGUUCCCUCUGAAAAUGACUUGGAAACAAGCUACGAGCUCCUUCACCUCAGGAAAUGAGCGCAAGUCCACCUGGCGGUCUGCGGGAGCGCCUGAGACGGGAUCUCGCGAGAACCACGCCUGCGACAGGCAAUCCGGAAGGAAUUCAAAACCGGAGCUUCUCGCGGCGGAGCUAAGGGUUCACACCCCACGUUGGGCACCCCAACUGUUAAAGGCCUGCACCUGAGAGGAUCCAGCGCAGAAGCUGCAGUUUCAAAAGCACCAAGACAGUGGAUGAAGAAGAUUCAGUCGCUAAUCUUAAAGCCUCUGCCAGAGGAAAGGGAGCCUUUCAGGACACUCUCUUGGGGACAGAGAUGAUGGAGUGCAGACGGCUUCGUGAUUCCUGAGUGUGAAGUGUUUAACUCCGCUUCCUCCCCACGUUCCAGUUUUGAGACGGGCUGUGUGUAAGUUUGGGGAGAUGUAUGAAGGGGGAGGCGGCUUCAGUCCCUUUACACUGCGGGAGACGCUAAUGAGGAAGUCGGACUGUAAAGACUGAAUAGGGAAAGGAAAUUCAACUUAACAACUAGUAGUCGCGACUGUUAAAAAAAAAAAAGGGGGAUAAAAAGUAGGAAAAAUUAGGGGGUGGGGGGUUGCUAGUAAAGGGAAACCAGACGAGGAAGCAAGGAGAGUGUGCUACGCAGUUUCUCCUGCUCUCCCUCUCCCACUCCCUCUGGAAGCUAGAAAAAGUUUGUAUGCACAGCAUAUGGGGUGGUAGAGAGGGCUCUUGAUUUGCAGACCCACGAGGAAAAGCGCUCACUUUGCUCUUCGCCAUUCCCGCCGCGGUGUCUCCCGCCUCUCCGAUGAUGGAGGGCAGUUCACGAGACCUGGGGAAGCGGUAGCCCAGACGGAUUCUCUUGGAUCCUGCAGGGCUCAAGUGGCACGCAGCUCUCUGUCUCUCUCCCUCUCUCUGUCUCCCGCAGAGCCCCCUCUCCUUCCUUCAUCCUCCUUCCAGUAAGGAAAAAGGAAAGAUCAAAACUCUAAACCGGCUUUACCCCUCCCCCUCUUCCUGGGGGAGCUAAAGCUGAAAGUACCAUUCCGUGAUUUACUGGAGAGAAAUGAGGGUGGAGGCAGCAAAGAACUCCACUCCGAGUGCCAAAACGAAGUAAGUUCGCUGACAAAACGCACGCAGCUUGCAGCGCCUCUGCCGGGUGCACAAACCUUGCCGAGACCAAGUGGGCUUGGUUAGCCUGGAGUGGGCACCGGGUCAGGGACCCACUUCGAUUCCAUGAGCUCCAGCUGCGGAAAGAAGAAACAGCUGCCCGAAGUUCCUGCCGGGAAGGGGUGGUCGGAGAUGGAGGAAAAUUAGUAAAGUGGGCCUUUUUUUUUUUUUUUUUCUUCCCUUCUUCACUUCGCUGCCUCGUGAAUGUCUGUCGGGGAGGUUGGCAAUUCCUCGGAGAGGACCGAGAGAGAAAAAGAGAGCCCUGGAGAAGUGAAGAAAGUGAUUGGGAUGCCAGUUCAUUGCAUGCAGUUUAUCUGCCCGAGUAAGAGCAAAGCAUGGAAUUUCAGCUUCCCAGUACUUUCCAGGUGAGAGGACUGCUGGACUGACUGUUGACCCCUCAGCGGUUGGUGCCCGCGCCCUGAGGAACCUCUUUCUCAACGUCAAGGACAAAAAGUUCUGUCCAUGAAAAGUUCCUGCCCUAGGUGAUUGUCAGUUCCUUACUUUUUUUUUUUUUUUUUUGUCCUGAAAACUUUUGGGAGAGGCAUUAAACUUUCGGUGUGGAAGCUACUUUGGGGAGCAAAGAAGAGGAAAAAAGUGAAAUUUGAUGGAGAAAAACGACUCCUUGUUUUCCCCACGUCCCAACUCAUAAGCCGUCACUUGUAGAAAUAUCAAAAUUGCUGGACGUGUUGACAGCUGAGAGGAGUGCAGGACUUCUUUCUAGGUGGGGAGACCCUCCACCGCCUGUUGGAUCUGCGUGCAUGUGUGCGCCAGCGGCGGUCCGAGGUGCGUUGUUCUGCCCUGGAGUCUCAGCUGAGACCCGAGUGAAUGGCCUCCAGGGGUUUUGCGGGGCCUCCACCUCAGCGGCCACCGCCACCUCCUCCACAGGCCUGGGUCUGGCCAGGAAAGAUGCUAGCCAUGGGGGCUCUGGCAGGUUUCUGGGUCCUUGGCCUCCUCACAUAUGGUUACCUGUCCUGGGGCCAGGGCUUGGAGGAAGAAGAAGACGGGCUUUUGCGAGCUCAAACUGGAGAGAGACCAGAGCCCAGCGUAACUGCCAGCUCCCAGCCCCAUCUCAUUUUCAUCCUAGCGGAUGAUCAGGGAUUUAGAGAUGUGGGUUACCACGGAUCAGAGAUAAAGACUCCCACUCUUGACAAGCUUGCAGCCGAAGGAGUUAAACUGGAGAACUACUAUGUCCAGCCUAUUUGCACACCGUCUAGGAGUCAGUUUAUUACUGGAAAGUAUCAGAUACAUACCGGACUUCAACAUUCUAUCAUAAGGCCUACCCAGCCCAACUGCUUACCUCUGGACAAUGCAACCCUACCUCAGAAGCUGAAAGAGGUUGGAUAUUCAACACAUAUGGUUGGAAAAUGGCACUUGGGUUUUUAUAGAAAAGAAUGUAUGCCUACCAAGAGAGGAUUUGAUACUUUUUUUGGUUCCCUCUUGGGAAGUGGCGAUUAUUAUACACACUACAAAUGUGACAGUCCUGGGAUGUGUGGCUAUGACUUGUAUGAAAAUGAAAAUGCUGCCUGGGACUACGACAAUGGCAUAUACUCCACACAGAUGUAUACUCAGAGGGUGCAGCAAAUCUUAGCUUCCCAUGACCCCAAAAGGCCUAUAUUUUUAUAUAUUGCCUAUCAAGCUGUGCACUCUCCACUGCAAGCCCCUGGCAGGUAUUUUGAACACUACAGAUCGAUUAUCAACAUAAACAGGCGCAGGUACGCUGCCAUGCUUUCCUGCUUAGACGAAGCAAUCAACAAUGUGACCCUAGCUCUAAAGAUGUAUGGUUUCUAUAACAACAGCAUUAUCAUAUACUCUUCCGAUAAUGGUGGCCAGCCCACGGCAGGAGGAAGUAACUGGCCUCUCAGAGGUAGCAAAGGAACCUACUGGGAAGGGGGGAUCCGGGCUGUUGGCUUUGUGCACAGCCCACUUCUGAAAAACAAGGGAACGGUGUGUAAGGAGCUCGUGCACAUCACUGACUGGUACCCCACUCUGAUUUCACUGGCUGAGGGACAGAUUGAUGAGGACAUUCAACUGGAUGGCUAUGACGUCUGGGAGACCAUAAGUGAAGGCCUUCGUUCUCCUCGAGUGGACAUUUUGCACAACAUUGACCCCAUUUAUACCAAGGCCAAGAAUGGCUCCUGGGCAGCAGGCUAUGGGAUCUGGAACACUGCCAUCCAGUCAGCUAUCAGAGUGCAGCACUGGAAACUGCUCACAGGGAACCCCGGGUACAGUGACUGGGUGCCCCCUCAGUCUUUCAGCAACCUGGGGCCGAACCGGUGGCACAACGAAAGGAUUACCUUGUCAACUGGCAAAAGUGUGUGGCUGUUCAACAUCACAGCUGACCCUUACGAAAGAGUGGACCUUUCUAACAGAUAUCCCGGAGUCGUGAAGCAGCUCCUCCGGAGACUCUCCCAGUUCAAUAAAACCGCGGUGCCCGUCAGGUAUCCCCCUAAGGACCCCAGAAGUAACCCUCGGCUCAACGGAGGAGUCUGGGGCCCAUGGUAUAAAGAGGAAAACAAGAAACAGAAGCCACGCAAAAGUAAGACUGAGAAAAAGCAGAAGAAAAGUAAGACAAAGAAGAAACGGCCGAAGGCGGGUUCAUUUCCAAAGUGCCGUUCUGGUGUUACUCGUGGAUAAGUAUAAAUUUUUUCCUGUCUGGUUAAACUUAAGUCAGUUCUUAGUCUUUCAUCAGUUUUCUAGGUGAACCAGCAAAUUUGGCUCAGUAGGAUCACUGCUAUCAGCAUCACACUGUCCAUACUGUGCCAUUCUACAGACCUCGGCCACUUGGAAGACUUCUGAUCAGUGCCAAAAGUGCUACUCUCGUGAGCAACGCUUAGAGGGCAAUGGAGAUGCUGGUUUUUCUUGCCCCUUUAUGAAAGGUGGUCAGUGAUGAGUUCAACUGUUGUGCUUCAGUCAAUUGACCAAACACCAUGCUUUAAAUUAUAACAAAGGACUCUAACAUGCUAAUCUGAUAAGACUUACAGGGCAACAUGAUUAAAAACCACAUUUAGGAGUUCAUGUCAUGGCUCAGUGAAAUGAAUCUGACCAGCAUCCAUGAGG